AUGUUUGCCCCGGCCAUCAUCUCCACCCAGGGUCGCUGGUUCGUACUGGAAGACACUUCCAUACCCAUCGUCGCCGUCUGCGCCGUCGUGACUCUCCUGCUGCUCGUCUACCGACGGCUCUCCCGCCCCCUUCGCGGGCCGCUGCGUCACGUUCCAGGUCCCUUGCUCUCCAAGCUAUCCGCGCUGCCCCUGUGCUUCUACGAUCUCACCUACUGCCGAACCGAUCAGAUCCACCAGUGGCAUCGCCGGUACGGCCCCGUCGUUUGCAUCGCCCCCAACGAGAUCUCGGUGGCGACGCUCGAAGCGACCAAGGACGUGUACGGCACCACCCAGCGCUGGGCCAAGAGCGACUACUUUGACCACUUCAGGGGCUUCAACGUCCGUUCCGUCUUCGCCACCAAGCCCUACCGGGAGCAUGGCGCCAAGCGGAGGUUGACGUCGACCUUUUACCAGGCCACGGCCAUCUACAACCGGCCGGCCAUCGAGCAGCACGUCCAGGAGCGCGCCCGCGCGGUCCUGCGACAGAUCCAGCCCGGCCAGGAGAUUGACGUCUACAGCCUCACGGACUGGUACGCGUUUGACAUCAUCACGUACUUGGCCCUCGGACCCGACCAGAGCACACGGUCCGUCGAUGGCGUUUGCGCCGAAAGACAGCUCCUCAUGGAACUGAAGCACCUGCAGUUUGCCGGUCCGUUCCGCGUUCGGUACCCGAGGCUCUUCAGCUACGCCUCGGGCCUCCUCGGCCGGCUGAUCCCGCGUCUCGGCCACCUUCUGGCGGACGAGAAGCUCGCGACCUGGUGUCGACGGCGCGUCGUCAAGGCCAUGAAACACCCUCACUCGCCCGGUCAACAUUCACUCAUAGGACAUCUGCUGGAGGCUCCGACGAGGCAGGGUGAGAAGGAGGCCUGGCUCGAUGACGCGUACGUCGCCGCCGAGGUUCUCGACAACGUCAACGCCGCCGAGGCCACCGUCGCCGUGACGGCCACCUACCUCAUCUGGAGGCUGACGGAGCACCCGUGGUGGCAGGAGAGAAUACGAUCGGAGCUGAACGAGCUGCCCCUGCAGACCGACGGGUCCCUCUCCUUCGCCCAAGUCAACAGCCAGGUGCCGUCGCUCGAGGCGUGCUUGCGGGAGGUCUAUCGGCUCCACCCAGCCUCGAGCGGACGGGCGGAGCGCAUCGUACCCAACGGAGGACGCACCCUGUCGGGCGUCCACCUCCCCGAGGGAACCAUCGUCACGUCGUCCAUCACGUCGCUGCACCGGGACGAGACCUUAUUUCCGGACCCCGAAGGCUUCCACCCCGAGAGGUGGCUCGACGUGGACGAGGCAACCUUCAGGAGGCGCGACGCUCAGCUCAUCCCCUUUGGCCACGGCGGGAGGGUAUGCUUGGGCAAGGCGCUUGCGACGCUCGAGAUCAAGCUCCUGAUGGCGAGGUUGUUUCUACACCACGAGGCCCUCAUGACGCCAUCGACGACCGAGGCGUCGAUGAAGCAAUGCAGCACCCACGACGCCGUGCCUCGGGCGCUGAAAUGUAUGAUUCGCUUUCAGGUCGUCGGUGGGAAGGUGUGA